AUGAAAACCGGGUCAUUCCCUUUUCCUUCCUUUUGGGCGCUGUGGACGUUUAUUUCCAUCCUCGACUGUUCACACGCGGCAGUCUCCUGGACGGUCAAGCCAUUCAGCCCUCCAGCGUAUCCUUUGGCCGUACGGACUCCAUAUCUCUCCUGCUGGCUACCUCAAAACAAUGGAACCGCGCUCAACCAAGCGUGGCCAACAUUUUGGACAGGCACCAUUCUUGGCUGGGCUGGAUAUGUGCGGGUAGAUGGCUCUGUAUACCUCUUUCUGGGUCAUCCAGACGUCCAAGGCGCACAGCUUGCUACGCAGAAAAGUGCGACCUUCACUUCUACUCAGAGUACCUUUGUGCUUUCAGCCGGCGGUAUCGACCUGACCGCCAAUUUUCUGAGUCCUGUCGAGCCCGAAGAUCUCACCAAACAGUCGCUUCCCUUCUCCUACCUCGCCCUUACCGCAGCUUCCAAUGAUGGAAACUCUCAUUCCGUUCAGGUGUACACUGAUAUUAGUGCUGAAUGGGUAACGGGAGACAAUUCCAAGACUGCGACUUGGUCCACCACAACUGGAGAUAGUAUCAUCACCCAUCAAAUCAGCUUGCAAAACCCGCAAGUGUACGGCGAAGCCUCUGACCAUACCGAAUAUGGCUCUGCCUAUUACUCUCUCGCAUCGACAGAGAAGGUGACCUAUCAGAGUGGUGCCGAUACCACUCUUCGUGCACGGUUUAUCGCAAACGGUACACUGCAAAACACUCUUGAUAACAACUUUCGCGCCGUCAACGACCAGUGGCCUGUUUUCGCCUUUGCACAAGAUGUUGGCACUGUUGGACCCUCGGCAAGCGACCCUGUCGUAUUCAGUGUCGGACACGUUCGUGAUCCUGCGAUACAGUAUACGGUCCGCGGUGCACUUCAAGACAGAAGUCUAUACUUCUGGACGCAAUAUAGCUCGGUAGCAGAGGCCAUCAACGCGUUUCAUACCGACUACAGUGAUGCGUUGGCCCGUGCCAAGUCGCUAGAUACCAAAUUCUCGUCAGAUGCCGCAGAGAUUUCCGAUGCUUAUGAUGGUGUCGUAUCGCUCUCGUUGAGGCAGGCAUUUGCAGCGAUGGAGCUCACCGUUUCGAAGAACUCGGACGGAUCGUUGAACCAUAGCGACAUUCUACUAUUCCAGAAAGAGAUAUCCAGUAGUGGGUGGACGUCGUGUUCCCCAUGGCCACUCUUCCUCUAUCUCAAUCCAUCGCUUAGCAAGUAUAUCCUACUUCCCUAUUUCCAGUACCAAAGCACCGGGCUAUAUCCCAACGCAUGGGCUGUCCACGAUAUGGGUGCUUCGUACCCCAAGGCUAUUGGACAUAACGAUGGGAAGGAUGAACCCAUGCCACUGGAAGAGUGCGGCAAUAUGCUGAUCAUGACCUUGAGCCAUUAUCAACGGACAGGGGAUAUAUCGUUGAUAUCUACCUACUACAAACUAUUGGAUCAAUGGACACAGUAUCUCAUCGAAGAGGCGCUUAUUCCAGCUUCCCAGAUUAGUACGGAUGACUUUGCUGGCCCUCUGGUGAACCAAACAAAUCUUGCCAUCAAAGGAAUUGUAGCCAUUCGAGCCAUGGCAGACAUUGAGUGUCUCAUGGGAAAUCAAGCACAGAGCGAAAACUAUACGGCUAUUGCGGAGCACUACGUCUCGAAAUGGCAAAUUCUUGCCCUCUCGACUGACCAGCAACACCUUACGCUUUCUUAUGGAAACUCGAGUAGUUGGGGACAGGUGUACAACCUCUUUGCCGACCGGCUCUUAGGCUUCAACCUGUUUCCAGAGUCUAUCUAUGACCUUCAAGACGCCUGGUAUCCCCGAGUCUUGGAAACAUACGGCAUUCCUCUUGACACCAGGCAUAAGUAUACCAAAACAGGCGCGCAUAUGUUAUGA